UUAGAUUAAAAAGAAAGUUCACAACAAUCAUUAUUAACAUAAUAAAUCCUAUUGGCCUAUCCUUCAAAUUGUUUUCUUUUGUAAAAGAAAUACAUGAGUAACAUAUGCAUCAAUCACGGUAACAUUAAAAAUUUACUUUAGAGAUGACUAAUUAAAGUAUAUGGAGCUAUAACAACCUUAAUUUUAUGGUGGUAUGGAAAAAGCAGAGUAUAAUGCACAAUGAUGUAAAUGAUGAUCACAUUGCUGCCUUUUCGAGCAGUAUAAAAGGACCUCAAAAUCUUCUAGUUCUGCACCAGAAAAUAAGCCAGAAAGAUACCCAAGCUGAGAUGAGUACUAAACCUUACCUGCUGGUAUUGCUCAUUGGAGUGGUACUGGUUCUUCUCACCUCUACUCCCUCCCAUGCUGAUAAUCCUAAUAAUGAGCAUCAUGAACUAAAACCAACAAAAACAGGCAAGCCUUUCUUGACUGCUCAAAAGCUAGCCACUUUGAAUGCAGAUGGCAAGCCUGCUCCCAAUGAAGAAGACAAGCCACUCCCUGAACAGCCACCAAAGGGUAAGGGAGAUGAACCACCUAGACAUCCAGGUGAUGAGCCACCAAAGAGGCAGAAGCCUCCUUACAGACACCUCCUGACAGCUGCUGAGGAUGAGCCACCAAAGGAUAAGAGACAACCAGGUGAUGAGCCACCAAAGAGGAAGAAGCCUCCUCACCGACACCUCCUUGCAGUUACUGAGGAUGAGCCACCAAGGAAACCGGGUGAUGAGCCACCAAAGGAACACGAACCACCGAGGCAACCAGGUGAUGAGCCACCAAAGGAACACGAACCACCAAGGCAACCAGGUGAUGAGCCACCAAAGGAACACGAACCACCAAGGCAACCAGGUGAUGAGCCACCAAAGGGUAAGGGAGGGAAGCCACCAAAGGGGCAGAAGCCUCCUCACAGAUACCUCCUUGCAGUUACCGAGGAUGAGCCACCAAGGAAACCAGGUGAUGAGCCACCAAAGGGUAAGGGAGGGGAGCCACCAAAGGGGCAGAAGCCUCCUCAGAGAUACCUCCUUGCAGUUACUGAGGAUGAGCCACCAAAGGAACGUGAACCACGAAGACAACCGGGUGAUGAGCCACCAAAGGGGAGGAAGCCUCCUCACCGACACCUCCUUGCAGUUACUGAGGAUGAGCCACCAAAGGAACAUGAACCACCAAGGCAACCAGGUGAUGAGCCACCAAAGGGUAAGGGAAGGGAGCCGCCAAAGGGGCAGAAGCCUCCUGGCAGCUUCUGAGCAUGUUGUGGAUCCACUUGAGCUGGCAAAGGGCAAGGGAGAAAAAAUGCCAUGCAGGAGUAAAAGCCACAAAUAAAUCCCCAAAAGCCUCCAUAUGCCAACAUAGUUGCCAUCUAACUAAUUAUACUCAAUGUGGGGGUGGAGUCUAGAAAUAAGAGCUGCUGUAGUGCUAUAUGCAUUGUGGUUAAUUAGUCAGUCCUGUAUGUUAGCUUUUUAAUUUGCCCUCUAAGAAAUUAGCAGCAUAUGUAGUAGGUACCAUCUAUGUACUUUCUCUAAGUUUUGAGGGUUUUGAAUGUGUAAUAGUCAGCUCAUGUUUGCUAGCUCUGUCUAUACAUGUACUUUUUCUAUGUUUGUGAGUGUAUCAGAUGUGUUUUGCAGUAUUAUGUACCUACCUUGUUGAAUUAUCUCAUUUGCUAUGAUAUAAUUAAGUUGCAUAGCUUUGAAAGAUAGCAAGAGCAACAAAGAAAAUGCGAAGAUUCAGAUAAUGUUUAACUAACAUAUAGGAAUUGAUACACAAUACAUACUGAAUUUUCAA